CCUUGCGGUAAAUAGUAAACACGUGAAGUGGACGCGGACGUUCCUUCUAGCUAUGCUACUCUGUCCGCGUUUAAUUAGAACGUGGUAAGCUCUGGCUCUCGCCCUAGGGCCCCAAGAUGAGCCCGCCGGAUGGAUCGGAGCACAAGCCGCUCCUGUUCGAGGACGUCAAGUUCUGCCUUGCCGACGACCUACAGGACGACGAAGAGUUCCAGAGACUCCUCGUCAAGCAUGGCGGCACGUUGAUAAAUUAUCUAUCGGACAACGUCACCUACGUAAUCGCCGACAAUCCCGACAGCUCAACCAUCACCGAAGCCCAGGAUCUUUAUGAGAAACCUGUUGCAACGAGCUCAUGGGUUCGUCUUUCGCUCAAAUGUGGGAGGCUUCUACCUCUGGAAGCAUUUUCUCCUCACAAGAACCAGAUUUUUUCAAACACAGUCGUCUGCCCGUCCCAGCUCUCGGUCGAGGACAUGAAAAAUGUGUGGGCCCUGGUGACCUUUCACGGUGGCAAGUUCCGAGCAGUCCUGGACAAGACUUGUACACACCUUGUGGCCACCAAAGCAGAAGGGGUAAAAUAUCAGAAGGCCAUGGCUGCUGGUGGCCCACAGCUGAAAAUUGUGACUCCCGACUGGAUCGCAGACUCCGUGAAGAACAAAGCGCCCUGUGACGAGACACGUUACCACCCUCGGCUGUUAGUACCACCAAAGCCCCCUACGCCGCCAAAGCCACCGACCCCUCCGCCAGUGCCAACGCCUCCCAUGACGAGCACCGCUGGUUCCCUCCCGCAGCAGCAAGGUUUUAUGAGCUUCCGUGCGCAGCAACAGCAGCAGCAGCAGUUCGGGAUGGUACCUGUCACGCAGCAACAGUUGUCAGUGUCCCAGCAGCAGGCUUUGACGUUGCAGCAGCAGCAGAUUCAGCAGAUUCAGCAACACUUGAUGCAACCGCCCUCCUCGCAGCAGCAGCAGCAUCUUCAGCAACAUCUUGCACAGCUCCAGGUUUCACAACAGCAGAACCAGCAACAAGUGACCCAGCAACAGUUGCAGCAUCAGUUACAGCAGCAGCAGCAGCAGUUUCAACAGCAGCAACAGCAUGUAUCUCAGCAACAACAGCAGCAAAUGGCUCAGCAGCAGCAAAUGGCACAGCAGCAACAGAUGCCUCAACAACAGCAGCAAAUGUCCCAGCAACAGCAGCAAAUGUCCCAACAACAGAAUGUCACAGCAACAACAAUGUCACAGCAACAACAAAUGUCUCAGCAGCAGCAACAACUGUCUCAGCAGCAGCAACUCCAACAGCAGCUUCAACAGCAGCAGCACAUGGUACCGACCUCUCAGUUUCCGACCCGCAUGGUCAACGUAUCAUCAUCAAGCGGUGACGUUAAGGUAUCUCUGGCAAACAAUCAAGGAAUCAGCAUUAUGACCAUAAACAAACAGCAGCUCUUGCUGCAGCAACAACAGCAGCAACAACAGCAGCAGCAGCAACAACUACAACAGCAGCAGCAGCAGCAACAACAACAACAGCAGCAGCCACCGGGCAGUGCCAUGGUGCGGCCGGAUGGUACCAUGGUGCGAGCCGAUGGCACUGUGGUUCGCCCUGUCACUCAGAUGCAGCUGAUGCAACAGAAGCAGCAGUCACUCCAGCAGAUGCAGCAGCAAAGGCAGCAGUUCCCACCGGGCAUGCCUGUCGUAGUAUCGCAGCAAGGUGUCGUGACCCAGCGGCAGCCAUGGCCCCAUCAGGGUGGUUUGCAGCUGACACCGCAGCAGAUAAUGCAGAUACGCCAGCGGCAGCUGCAGAUGCGUCACCUGACGCCCCAGCAGCAACAAAUUCUGAUGCAGAAUCUGCAAAGGCAGCAACAGCAGCAGCAGAGGCCCCUCACCAUGCAGCAAUUCCAGCAGGCAGUGCACGCCGGUCAGCAGCAACCUAUGCAAAACCUCCAGCAGGCACAGCAGCAGCAGGCACAGGCGCAGCAAUCUCCUGGAGGUGGCCAGCCAGGAGGCGCACAGCUGCUGAGGCAUCCGCAGCAGCAGGUGCUCAUUCAGCAGAUGCAGCAGCGUCAGGGCAUGCCUCCGCGAAUGCCUCCUCAGCAAUUCCAGCAGGCUGUCCAGGGCCAAGUGGCUGGACAGCAACAGCCUCAGCAGCCGCAGCAACAAGCACCGCCACAGGCUUCUCCCAGUGCGGGUCAGCCGCAGCCGCAGCAAAUGUUGGCUGGUGCGCAGGGUAUGGCCCCGACCCAGCCAUCACCGCAGGCUAUCAUGAAACCGCCACCCCAGUACCCUUAUGCAGCUGAGAGGCCGCUGGUCCGUCCGCCGUACCCGCCACAGCAACAGCCGCAACAGUCACCUGGACCAUUGCCUCAGCAGCAGGCUACCGGGCAGCAGCAGAUGCAGUGGGCCAACUUCCAGCAACAGCAGCAGAGGAAGACUCCUGACGGUGGUGUUCCCGCCUCCUUGUCACAGCCGCAGCAAGCAGUCCAGUGGCGACCAACCGCAGUGCCUGCCGGCGGCGACGAGCUGAAGUCCAAGGUUCCGCAGAGUCUCACUGGGCAGCCUCCGGUGCGUCCCGAGGGCGGCUUGCAUCCCCAGCAGCAGGCGGCGCUCUGGCAACAACAGCAGCAGAUGCAGCUCCACAAGGCACAACUCCAACAACAGCAGCAGCAGCAGCAGCCCGCACCUGCGGGUGGAGGAGAGCCACCGCCUUCAAACAGUGCCGCAAGCCAGGGUGUGCCCACCUUGCAGCACCAGCUGCAGUGGCAGCAGAUGCGCCAGGCUGAACUUCAGCGCCGACAGCAAACUCUUCUCCAGGAGCGGCAGAUGCUUCAGCAGCAACAGCAGGUCCAGCAGGGGGGGCCCCAGCAGCCGCAGCAACAGCCCUACAUGGUUCAGCGACCACCUCCGCCUCAGUAUCCUGGCGCCAGCAUGCCGGGACCUCGAGAUCAGCUCACAGCAGUGGGUGUGGCAAGGCCGACACAGAAUGCAGCCGGUAUGGUGCAGUUCCAGCAGCAACAGCAGCAGCCACUAGUUCAGCAACAGGAGGGCCCCAUGAUGAACCCGGCGUACCGAUCAGUUCGUGCAUCCGUACCACCGCCAGCUCAGCAUUUGGCCAAUGAUGCAAGGAACUUUGGUACUGAAGUUACCAUGAAUUCCAAUGCCCCGGUUGAAGUUCACUUCUACGGACAUGAUCCAAGAACACAAGUGCCUACGGAAAUGUGCCUGAUGGGUUGCGUAUUCUGCAUUGUGGAUUACGACCACCUCUUUGAUUCCUCAGAGAUACUGAAGUGGAAAAAGGUCAUCAUGCAUCGAGGUGGCGAAGUCGAGGAGGUGUACAGUCCUCGUUGUACUCACGUCGUCUGUAGUACACAACGCAGCACCAUUGUGCAGCAGGCAUUGCGUGAAAGCAAACGCUGUGUCACAGUAUUCUGGCUGAAUGACGUGCUGUCGCGAAAGAAGUUGCAGCCUCCCUGGCAUGCAUUACACUUUCCAUCGCCCUACCUUGAGAACAAGCCUUGCAAGAACCAGAUCAUCUGCACGAGUGGCUUCGGCUCUGAAGAACGAGAGCUGCUAAAGCAGAUGGUCCUGACAACCGGUGCCAGGUACACCACCUACUUGACGCGUCUCAACUCUCUGCUCAUCAUCAAAAAGAAGGAGGGCCUAAAGUACCAGAAGGCCCAGGAGUGGGGAAUCGGCAUUGUGAACACCCAGUGGCUGCAGGACGUCAUGCUGGGCCACUACGAGGCCCUGCGGCUGCCCACCGCACCCAAGUAUCAGCAGUUUGAAGAUGUCCGGCUGGACUACGGGCUGGUACCACACCUGAUGGCGGCCUGGAAGGUACCCAUCAAGCUAACUGAAGAAGUUUGGAAGCGUUUUACUGCUUCGGAGGCGUUCAAGGAGGCACAGAAGCGGAAGCAAGAGAGUCCCGCCAAGUCUGAAUCAACAGCUCCAAAAAGACCAAGACUAGCACCGGAAGAGGAAGAGAACAUACCAGUGACCGUAACCACAACUCUUCCGGAUGACAAAGCUCCGCAAGUUCUUAUCACGGGCUUGAAAGACGAUGGUGAUCUGAAAAAGGCUGUUCUUCAGCUUGGCGGCGCACUGGCCAAGUCACCCAAGGAAUGCACGCACCUGGUGACAGACAGAAUUCAACGAACGGUGAAACUUCUCUCGGCCUUUGGGACAGCUAAAUUUGUCGUGACGCCACGUUGGAUCAAGGACAGCGUCGCUAACAACGGAUUUGUUGAAGAGCGACCGUACCAGGUGGAUGACCCCGAUGCAGAGAAGACGUUUGGCUUUAGCCUUGAUCAGGUUCUGCAGAGAACGGACCGGACACCACUGUUCAAGGGCACGAUCUUCUUCAUCACGCCUGGUGUGUACCCGUCACCCCCGAUUCUGAAAGGGAUUGUUGAGUGUUCGGGAGGAAUGGUGUACCUGAAGAGAAGGCCAUCACUCAAGCAGGUCACAUCGGUCACACAGGGAGGAACCAAGUUCAUAGUCAUAUCCUGCGACAAUGACCUGCAUCUGUGCCGGGAAUACAUGUCGAAAAACAUCAACAUCUAUUCAGCCGAAUUCAUCCUCACCGGAGUGCUCCGUCAAUGCAUUGAGUAUGAUGCCUUUCUGCUGUCAUGACAGUCGGAGGACGUAUGUACGAGUAAUUUAGACACAGAAUGCUCUGAUGCGGCACCUAAACCAUCGACCAAACCUUUGCAGGAACUGCCCGAUUCAUGCAACAUUCAAAUUUAAUUAGGUACAGAACUUAUAUCACUCUAUGCAAUGUUUUAUAGAGCCAUACAUUUGCAGCAUUGUGUUUAUAUAAUGGUUUUCCACAAAGGGUACCUUUCAUUUGUAAAUUGCAUUCAUAGAAGUAGCAGCAGACAUAGGCAGUCUUCAUUUUUUUUCCAUGCCUAUAAUUUUUCAUUUCACAAGUUAGGUGUUGUGCAGUAACGUUUCUGUGGCUAUCUAGUCAGUAUCAUGGUUAUCUCUCAUUUUGUUUUGUUUUGUUUGUUAGCGUGUACUGUGUGUUAUGCACAUUUUUCAAAGUACUUUGGCCACCUGUUGUUCGCUGUGAAUGUUUUGUGCAAUAAACAAGUUUGAGUUUUUCUUUUUACAAAA